AUGGACAACUCCACCCCGCAACCGAACCCAAAUCCAACCGCAGACCCAGCCGCAAACACAGAUGACCAACGUCAAAAAGAAGCGCUGGCAGCCUUUACCGCAACACUCCACUCAGUUGGAACAAACCUCGAGGCGCCGCUCCGCGACCGUGCAGCAAACAUCCAAUCCAACGCGAAGGCGCUGGAAAGGCAAGAAGCCGAACUAGCGGAGAAUACGCAGCGACUGGCGCGGCAAAAUCAGCAGUGGAUCGGAUUCGCGGACGAGACGCGCGAUGGAUUAAAGGAGAUUGGGGAUGUGCAGAAUUGGACGGAGAUGAUCGAGUGUGAUUUGCUGGCCUUGGAGGAUAUGAUGGAUAAUGUUGAGAGGAGUCAUGGGGAACAUGCAAGUGAGGAUGGCGAUGACCGGGAGGAUAGUGAUACAGAACUGAAUGGCAAUGUAAAUGGGCUAAAUGGACAUGCUGAUAUUGAUGCUAAUGGGAAGAAAGUGGAUCAGCCGACGAAAGGGUGGUUGCGAUGGUGGUGA